AUGCGAAUCGGUAGGGGAUGCGAGCGUUGUCGUCUUCGCCAUAUUAAAUGCACUAUUGGUGAAGGUGCUUCGUCAUGUAAUGAAUGCUCGCGUCUAUCGCGGGCAUGUCGUCUUGACCCCCCGUUCCGUUUCAAAACUGUCCGCCAUGUAUACCAGAAAUGUCAAGGGUCCUCAUCCAAAUUUGAGCUCGCGUGGUCUUCCCGGCAGCCAUGGGUGAAGGUCCCCCAAUCUCGUAUGUUCUCAAUUCGUCUCCGGCUCUAUCGAUCAGUACUGAUUUGUUUAGUGAUGUUCAUUGAGGAAUCUGCGGAAGAUCCCGACUUCGAUGUUAUACCCGAUGUCGUGAGGAAUAACCAACUUCAUUCUGAUGGGCCGUCGGCGGUGUCACAAGCACAGACCCCUCACACACCCAGUCCGCGCGAGGAUAUGGCUCAUCCUGGCAAUCAUGAGCAUUUGUUAGUUCAGUUAGCCGGUACCAGUCCAGGCGAGCGGCGCACGAUAUCGUCCAUCAGUAUAUCUCCAAAGCCCGCGAACGGACCUUCUCCGUUGCCAUCAGUGAGUACGUGGGCCGACUUCUCACCGUCUUUGAGCUCUCUCAGUCCUCGCCAAAACUCUAUCUCGUCCAUGACGACGCGCGAGGCUUCUCUUCUCCGCUCGUUCAUCCAAACCCUAGCUCCCAGAUUUGAUGUUUGCGAUCAGAACUCGCAUUUCUCAACUGAGAUUCCUAGGAGAGCCCUUCAGGUGCCAAUGAUCAUGAAAGCAAUUUUGGCGUUUUCCGCGCGGCAUGCGGCGAUCAUGUCUGGGUCAGAAGAUUGGGAGGCCGCAGAGUACCACAGUCAAUGCGUUGAAAUGCUCAUCCGAGCGCUUUCCAAAGCCGAAGGGUUUUACGACGACAACAUAUUGAUCACCGUGGUGAUUCUGCGUGUCUACGAGGAACUGGAGCGGACGACGGACGAAAAGUGUCACUGGCUAGGAUCUACCCGACUCUUGAACACAAUGUCCAAGUCGGCGUCUUCAGGGGGGCUGGCGGAGGCAGUCAGCUGGCAAUUUCUGCGGCAGGCGAUAUAUGCUUGUCUUGUUGAAUAUCAGCCCAUGCAGCUUAAUUUAGAGAACUAUGAGCGCUCUUCGGUGUUCCAGCGAAUGGAUGAUGCAGCUUAUGCCAACAGAAUCAUUUUCCUGUGCGCGAGAAUUAUCCAGCUUCGCUCGGAACCGAACGGAUACAGCUUCACCGAGAGCGAUUGGCAGUACUUAUCCGACUGCGUUGACCAGUGGUAUCGAGAAAAGCCCAUCAGUUGGCAGCCGUUGAAGCACCAGGAGGCCAACGCCGGGGAAAAUAAACCUUUCCCGGAGUUGUGGUUGGUGUCUCCGCCAGCAGUCGUGGGCCUACAAUACUACCAUGCCUGUCGCAUUAUCCUUGCGACUUCAAAUAACCACCAGAAGAUUGUGGUGGACUACGAACGCGCUAGACUUAGACGUAUAGAAGAGCAAACUAUCGCGUACCACCUCGUCAACGUGAUUGGAUUGUCAAAGUCAAACGAAACAGUUAUCAACGCCUAUUUUAUGGGUUGCCAUCUACUACAUCGAUAUGGGUUCUGCCUCCGACACCCAGCUGAGCAUCUGGGAUCUACUGAAUUCCUCGAAUCUGUGGAAAAGCAAAUCGGCUGGCCAACAGCCUGGAUUGUCCGCCAGCUCGAAGCUGAGUGGAAUGAGCUUCAUACCCUCGACAGUAGCUGGAGCCCGCGUUUCUGA